AUGAGCCAAGUUGGGCCGGAUGCCCAGUCUGCUCUGGUGGAAUGCAUUUCCGCAGUCCUCCAGCAGCUGCGCACCAGAUCUUCAGAUCCUGUUUCCCACGUGGCUGCUAUCCCCGUCACACGUGUCACAUCUCCGUCACCCCGGCCCCGGUCUCCUGCGCAGCUCCUCCGCCGUCGGUACCGAGCUCGAGCGCGACGACCACACGCCCGCGGUCGCCCGACUCCACCCCGAGCUCAACCGCGCCCGCCGCGUCUGCCCACGCCCUGGCCCACGCCCUCAUCACGGCCGCCUCUCGUUGAUAUCUCUCGUCCCACUGGGAACUCCAGCUGCCAUCCAGGAGAAUUUCUGUCCCGAAAGGCACUGUCGUGCGGUUCCAAAGCGGUCUCCGAGGCACACUCACGCCUUCACCUCGAGGACACCCUGCAUCUCCCCUCCAAACGUACCACAGAGCCCGAGAUCAGCCCGGGGUCAAAUUCACCCUUCGUCCUGCUACACACCCCGGCGCCUCUCACUGGCGGCCGCAGCACCGCAGCACCCGGCGUCGCGUCGCGUUCGCACAGCUUCCCGUGGUCCGCCUCGUCCUCGUCGUCACGCAUGUUUACGGUUGCGGAUCGGCUCAUGCCCAGCGUGCGGAACAACAAAGGAUCGUCUUGCUCUGGUGGCUGUUCACUCAGCCUCUGCACACAGGCGGCGCAGGCGGCGGGGGCCUGGCAGGCACUACUCGGCACCGUCUCAUCGUAA